AUGCACCGAUCAGCUGUGGCUCCAAUUGUCUCUUUGGUUGCUCCCAAGUUCCAGUUUAAAGGUGCAAACAAGAGGGGUAUUCCAGUCUCAAGGGAUCCUGCAGCAUUGGUGGCCAAGUAUUCCGAUCCCCUGGUCUAUACUGGCCCGAUAAGGGUCCGAACAGGCUAUGAGAUAUUGCGAAUCUCCACUCAUUUGACACGGAACUUUAAGUUUGUGAGCGUACCCUUCUUUGUUCUGCACGGAACUGCUGAUAGAGUCACUGAUCCACUAGCCUCCCAAGAUCUCUAUAAUGAGGCAGCAUCAGAGUUCAAAGAUAUAAAGCUCUAUGAUGGUUUCUUACACGACCUUCUCUUCGAGCCGGAACGUGAAGAGAUUGCACAGGAUAUAAUAAAUUGGAUGGAGAAGAGAUUGAGGGUUGGCGUGGAAGAUGAUGUUAACGUCACAUAAUUCUUCACCC